AUGAAGAACUGUCAUGAGCCUAAGGCUCAGAAGGUGAAUAUUUUAUCGUCGUCGUCGUCUUCAUUGCCAUCAUUGAACUCCUCAGAUUCUGAAGAUCUGGAGCGCAUGCCAUUGGCACCACUUAUAUUGAAAAACAAGAAACGAUUGUCCAAGCAACUCUCAAUGUGCGAGACUCGACGUGACAGAGCGUGGGAGAGACGCCGCCGCCAAAUACUAAUGCAAGAGAGGAGAAGGAGCGGGCUGCUAGAAUCUGAUGACUUGACAGAUGAAGACUUGCAUGAGCUCAAAGGGUGUAUAGAGCUUGGAUUUGGAUUUAAAGAGGAAGAGGGACAUCAAUUGACCAAUACAUUGCCAGCAUUGGAUCUCUAUUUUGCAGUUAACCGGCAACUCUCGCCAAGUCCCGUGUCCACACCGCAAAGUGGCGACUUAUCUUCUUCAUCAUCUUCAGCAAUGGGCACACGUUCAUCUUCAUUUGGGAGCCCCAUGAGUGAUCCAGACUGGAAAAUAUGCAGCCCAGGUGAUGAUCCAAAGCAGGUUAAGACCAAGUUAAGGCACUGGGCACAAGCUGUAGCUUGUUCAGUCAUGCAGUCUUAUUGA